AUGUCCUGGGAACAAGUAACAUUCACUUUGAGUCCAAGAAAUAAAGGCUGUUAUUUGAUUCAUGAUGAAGUUUUAAAAAAUGUACCUCAAAUUAAAGAUUAUCAAAUUGGUAUAUUACAUUUAUUUAUUAAACAUACUUCAGCUGGUUUAACUUUGAAUGAAAAUUAUGAUCCUGACGUUAGAACAGAUAUGGAUAAGGCACUUGAUAGAAUAGUACCUGAAGGAGAUCAUUAUUUACAUGCAGAUGAAGGCCCAGAUGAUAUGCCAUCCCAUGUUAAAAGUUCAAUUGUUGGUGCUUCAGUUUCAAUUCCAAUUACAAAUGGGAAAUUAAAUACUGGAACUUGGCAAAAUCCAUAUUUAUGUGAAUUUAGAAGAUAUAAACAUUCAAGAACUAUAAUUGCUACAAUAAACGGACAAAAAAAGUAA